AAAAAAAAACCUGCGAUUUUGUUUUCCAGCGGAAUUUGAAUUGUGUGAAGUUAGAUGUGGUAUGGUACGGUAACACCUCGCAGUUACACAGUAGAGCGUGAUAGAAGAUAACAGAAAAAGGAAAAAGGAAAAAUCCCAACCUCAACCCCUCCUGUAGCCACUACCCACCUUCUUCUUCCACACCCAAUCUUUCUCCUCUCACCAAACCCAAACCCUUUUUUCUCCCGACAAAAACAUUAACCCCUCUUUUCUUCCCCCAACCCUAGAAAACAAAAACCCGUGUGUUUUUGUGUUUCUGUUUUUGUUUCUGUCCCAGAAACACAGAGACAGAGAAAGAGAAAGAGAAAGAGAGAGUGAUCGAUUGAUGAGUAGUGGAGAGGAAUAGAAAUCGAUCGUUCACAAUUCCAGACCAGAGGCAUUGGCCGGUAGUGGCAGGAGGAGUGUUGCAGUGGAGCAUUUUACCUCAAUUGAGGAUUGCCCCAAAUUCAAUGUUCUCAACCCCAUUUGUGUUAACCUUCUCCCUCCUCCUCUCCCUCCCAAUCCUCUUCUUCCUCGCUCCUCGGAUCCUUCCUCCCAAACCCCACUCUCUACCAAUCUCCCCCUCCGACGAACUCGAUGACAUCAACCUCUUCAACCGCGCCAUCACCCUCGCCAAUUCCCGCGCCUCCACCGCCUCCGCCACCAACCCCUCCAAAUUCUUCCACCUCUCAUCCAAAAACCCCUCUCUCAAAAUAGCCUUCCUUUUCCUCACAAACACCGAUCUGCACUUCUCCCCCCUCUGGGACCUCUUCUUCCACGACACCCCGUCUAACCUCUUCAACAUCUACAUCCACGCCGACCCCUCCGUCAACAUCACGCGCCCUCUCUCGCCGCUCUUCGCCAACAAAUUCAUCCCCUCCAAACGCACCUUCCGCGCCUCCCCCACCCUCAUCUCCGCCACGCGCCGCCUCCUCGCCACUGCCCUCCUCGACGACCCCGCCAACGCCUACUUCGCCCUCCUCUCCCAGCACUGCGUCCCUCUCCACUCCUUCACCUACACCUACCACUCCCUCCUCGUCUCCCCCACCUUCGACUCCUCCGAUCCCGAAUCCUCCCGCCUCGGCAUCCGCCUCAAGUACAAAUCUUUCAUCGAAAUCCUCUCCCACGCUCCCAGGCUCUGGAAACGCUACUCCUCCCGCGGCCGCUACGCCUUGAUGCCCGAAGUCCCCUUCGAAAAGUUCCGCGUCGGCUCCCAAUUCUUCGCCCUCACGCGCCGCCACGCUCUCCUCGUCGUCAAGGACCGAACCCUCUGGAGGAAAUUCAAGAUCCCCUGUUACCGCGACGACGAAUGCUACCCCGAGGAGCAUUACUUUCCCACGCUCUUGUCCAUGGCAGAUCCUGAUGGCUGCACCAAAUACACGCUCACCAGAGUUAAUUGGACCGGCACCGUCAACGGUCACCCCUAUACUUACCGGCCUUCGGAAGUCUCGUCGGAACUAAUUCUCCGGCUCCGCCAGUCCAAUAAUUCUGAGUCUUACCUAUUCGCCAGGAAAUUCACCCCGGAUUGCUUGGAACCCUUGAUGCGCAUUGCCAAAUCUGUCAUCUUCAAGAAUUGAAAUUUCAAGCACGCAGGUGGAAAAGGUCAAUGAAGAGAUUUAUGAAAAGAUCAUAUUGCUUUGGCUAUGGCUUGAUGGUGGUGUAUGGUUUGAAGAGGCACGUAUAGCCCACAUCCUAUAUACCCUGUGCUUUCAAAUUACGAGUCUUGGGACUGCACAAAUGAGGGAAUCAGAUCAAAAUAGAAAGAGCCAAGAAACAGGUAAACACCUGCGAGAGUUGAAAAAGAAAGGCGGGUGCCCUAGUCAAGUGUAUUUAGCAUGGUGCAAGUGCUCAAGUAAUUGCGAAUUUGUCAUAGAAAAUCAUGUAGGUAGUUUUUCCUUUUGUGGGUCGGUUUUGUACAUAGAGUUGUGUAAAACAUUGUUUCAAAGCUCUACAGUGUUACUACUUUUCAAAAGAAAAAAAAGAAAAAGAAAGAGCUGUUGUCUAAACGUGAGGCAACAGUGACUGCAAUUAUAACAGGAAAACAAAUUCUGUCCA